AUGGGAGGGGGUUACACGGAUGAUGUGCUCGGUGCUUCUUAUUCAGGAUUGAUACAGAAAAAAUGUGCCCAGAUUGGGGCGAUGGCUGCUUACAUCCCUAGAAUCCACAAAAAAGUCAAUUUGGUGGUAUGCCUGCCAACGAUUUUCAGGCUGUCACCAGUGGGAUACAGCAUGCGGAAAAGAAAGUCUUUGAGGACAGAAGAUGAAGCCUCCAGGGCCACCUUGAAGCCUCUGGUAGUCCGUGUGGAGAACAGCACACCAGAAGUUGUGCAGAGUGUCCUCCUGGAGCAAGGGUGGGACAAAUUUGAUGAGCAGCGGCAGGAUGUGGAGGACUGGAACCUGUACUUGAGGACUUCCUCCUUCCAGAUGGUGGAGCAUGCCAACAUCAAGCCCUGGCAGAGGCUCAACCACCAUCUGGGGACAACCACGCUCACCAGAAAGGACCACCUGGUCAACCUGGCAGACAUGAGGAGGCUCUACGGCAAGUCUCUCUACGAGUUCACACCCCUGACAUUUGUCAUGCCCAGUGACUAUACCAAGUUCGUAGCUGAGUACUUCAGGGAGAAGCAGGUGCUGGGUGCCAAGCCCAGCUACUGGAUCUGCAAGCGGGCAGAGCUGUCUCGUGGGCGGGGGAUAAUCAUUUUCAGUGACAUUCGAGAUCUCAUCUUCAAGGGCAGGUACGUUGUGCAGAAAUACAUCUGCAGCCCUCUACGCCUGGGUGGGUACAAUGACCUCCGCAUCUACCUCUGCGUCACUGGCUUCAAGCCUUUGAGUUUCAUGUAUUGGGAAGGGCUGGUGUGGUUUGCCACAGGAAAGUUUGACCUCAGGAGCUUGCAGGGCUACCACUCCCUUUUGACCAACAGCAGCAUUAACACAUCUGGGCCCUCAUAUCAGAAGAUCAAAGAGGUGGUGGGUCAAGGCUGCAAGUGGACGCUCAGCAGGCUCUUCGCCUGCCUUCGGAAGAGGAACGUCCAUGACCUGCUUUUGUGGCAGAAGAUCAAGCGCAUGGUGACCCUCACAGUCCUGGCUGUGGCUCCGUCAGUCCCCGUGGCGGGCACCUGCUUUGAGCUCGUUGGGUUUGACAUCCUGAUCGACGACAACCUGAAGCCGUGGCUGCUGGAAGUUAACUACAGCCCUGCUCGUCUUCACGGUUCCACAGACGUCUCUGUGAAGAGAAGCCUCAUCCACGAUGUUAUUGAACUGUUACGUAAAGAGGAGAAAAGGUGCGGUAGAGCCAGCACAGGAAGUCCCAGGGUGCCCUUUGCCAGGAUCAAUCGACGUGAACUCCACGCAGCCCCAGGCUCUCUUCCCCACACCUUUCUUACAGUUUGCAACCAGAGCGCACAGUAAAAACGAGCUUUCCCCACAGCACGAACUUCCCAGCUGAGAGAAAUAAUGAACAGGCAAAAGGACUUAGCUUCGACGAGAGGCACAGCCGAAAGCGAGCCUGGCACGCACCUUGCAGGUACUUUACCCUACGCACAGCUGGCUGCUCAGUCGCUGCCCCGCAAGACCAAGGGCUCUGCGGGUGCCCACCCAGACACCGCCAAGGUGCCAGACGCCCACGCGGGGAACUGUGUUCUAAUUUUCCCUUUCAACGAGGCCACUUUCGGAGCUUCCAGGCAUGGAUUAAAUGUCAAAAGAAUAAUCCCAGAGCUCCAGAAACUAAGGAAUAAACAGCUCUGA